CACGGGUAAUCGGGGUGCCUCUGCUAUCAUUGCAAAAUUUCUACUCUAGCAUCAACCUAGUGGCGCGCCCUAUCUCUCGAAUUUUCAUAUAUGCGGCGUCAACUUAUUCUAAAUCCCGAACUGCCAAAAGCGAUGUUUCCUUCCGUUCAUUUUGGGCAUCGGCUGCGCAUGCGCGGAGCUUCAACAUCACGUACUCGUGAAUACACGCCAGUUCGUCGCCAUCCAAACAUCAGGCAUGGCUGAAGAAAGAGUCAACGAACACACGCCUCCUGUGUUCAGCUUCACGAAUGAAGAAACCCUAAGCGCAAACCGUGAAAACACUCGGGGUGCUUCGUCUUCUUUGGGCACCUACCCAACCAUUUCUGACGACGCCUGGCGCUACCACUGGAACACUCAGCCCAGGCGAAUAACCGACAGGACUUACAGCGUCGACGGUACGUGGGCGAUGGUCUCUCACCUUUACCACGACCAUGCCCGUGUCAGUGAAUAUGGCAGCACUAAUUACGUGCACCAGCCGUUCAGCACCAGCAUUGAUUACGCAACGCCCAGCACGAGCCUUACAGACAUGGAGCAAGCAUCAGCCAUUGUAGAAGGCGGCGCCAGAAUGUCUCAGACAACCCAUGUUGACCAAUGGAACACGCAGUACCUCAUGGCUGAUGUCAGAUCUACCGACUGCGGCCAUAUACAUGUCGCCGAAAGCGGAAUCACCAGUUCCCUACCUAUGGUGUCCAGCAGCAGCAUCAAUCACGCACAGCCCAGUACAAGCCGCGCUUGCAUGGAGGAAGCAUCGGCCAUUCCGGAAAACCUUGCUAGCAUUUCUGACGACGCCUGGCUUUACCAAUGUAACACUCAGCAGAGGCCAAUAACCGACUGGACCUACAACGUCGACGGGCACGCAGGCCACACAGAAAUCGGAAGCACGGGUUUCACACUUCCGUUCUGCAGCAGCAGCCCAGUGGCCAGUACAAGCUACGCGUGCCUGCAGGAACCAUCGGACAUCUUUGGGAACUACGCUUGGAAUGCUACUGGAACAGGAGGGAGGGAACAGCAAGAGUUCUGCGGUGCAUGUUCCAGUGUUUCCAGCAGACAGGAUGCCUUACAUGCGCACACCAUGGAACGCACGGGCGAUACAGCCUACACUUGCAAAGCAAGUGAUCCUGUGAAUGAUUCAGUGAAUCACUGCCGGAAUACAACAGGCACAAACCACAAAUGCGUAACCUGCGGCAAAAUGUUCCACCGGGCUAGUCUCCUUGCCACACAUUACCGCACGCACACAAACGAGAGGCCCUACAAAUGCGAAAUAUGUGAAAAAUCAUUUCGGCAAUCUCAUCACCGCGAUAUCCACAAACGUACACAUACAGGCGAGAGACCAUACACUUGCAAAACUUGUGGUAAAUCAUUCGCGAAGUCGUGGAAUCUCCGUACACACAACUACACUCACACAGACGAGAAACCGCAUGUCUGUCCGAAGUGUUCUAAACCAUUCAAAACCAAAAAAAAACUCAAACAUCACAACUUCUGUUGUGAGGACAGAGCUUUAGUUUGCGAAAUAUGUAAUGCAUCCUUCAAGAACAACUCGGCUCUCGAUCGUCACCGUCGAAGCUACAUGCAUGGAUGAAACCCCGUAUUAGUGUACGCAGGGCGCAUUUGGUCUCAGAGAAAGCCGUCGAUGGACAGCUGUACCAGAAUAUUACCUGCCAAUUGUGUGGAGAUGCAUUCGGAGACGGCGAUCAACUUAUUACACACAUCGUGACGCAUAGGGGUGUCCAGAGAUAAGUCUGACUAGUGCGCAAGUUAACCAAAGCGCCCGUGGCUUUUGCAUACCAACGUGAAAGUGAAGCAGUGCGGGGAAGCAACGCUGAUAUUCUUUCAGAGGAUCCAGGAGCUAACUAAACGCAUCGUGUGUAUAGGCCGGUUUCUUUUGACGGUUAAAGCGGCCUAGUCAAAUAAGCGAUGUGAAUGAUGCCAUCUGGUUUCUCCAAGUUAUAAGAUGUCGUCGCCAAAGGUAUUUGGAGUGCUUCAAUGUCGAGGUAUACGGCAGAUCCUAGCCAGCGCUUACUGUUUGCGUAACUGAAUUUGUUGUUCGCGAACACAGCAUUAGCAAAUUUAUUUCAAGACAAAUCCUUAUGGGCUGCAAGUUUGUGUUGAAGGUUGAAAUGCUUUCACAAUAUCCUUGACUCCUUGUUCUGUCAGUGUUUCUUUGUAGGUGUUUUGACAGCUUAGUAGUGAACAGGAUCUAAUGAACCCUGUGCUUUAUGAUAUCCGAAUGUCCAUAGAAGGGAACAUCUCCUAUUGGAAAGCAUUUAAAAAUGAGGUACUGUUUUCUUCUACACUAACAAGUAAUCUCUGUCAUUACUUAAGGUCCUUGUAUACCAUAAACUAAGCUGAUGAGAGUAGUGAGACUGCAUUAGAUCAAAAUAAUUGGAAGCUUCACUAUAUCACGUCUUCACCAACUACGAUAAUUUUAGCUGUUUUAUUGUGGUGGCUUAAAGCUUCAAAAGCCAGUCUUUCAUCCAUUUGGAAACCGUCUGUCAAGACUCGCAAUGUUCUCUAGUUACUGCUGUACAAUCUUUUUACCCUGAUGUGACAAACGCAUCUGUGCAAGCAAUGACAGGAAACGUGAGAUGCAGUUUUUAGGCAUAUUAACACGCAUACUUGUAUAUAGUCUUCUUGUGAAUGCGUUUCGCAGGUUACAAAGCUUGUUACCACUCUGCGCAUGACGCGACUGCAUUAUCACAAGAUUGUCGAUAUUUUUCGUCAAUUAUAUGCUUUUUCUACGUUGUAGUCGAA